UGCUAGUCUACAUAUGGAAGCCGGCCUUUCUCCAUUCGUCCAAACCGCUCCCAGUGCUGUGAACUGCAUGGAUUCGCGCAUGUACCCCUUGCGUUUCCCGUGCACAUCACCCUCAUCACAUCAAUCCAUCCAUCCCUCCAUCCCCAGGAGGAUGCGUGAGAAUGCUCAGAUUGCGGCAACGGAUCCUGCCCCUGAACGGUGCGAAUUCAUCCGCAAAUCCUCACCAGUCCUGCCGUCGAUCGGUCCGACCCUUUAUUGCUGCCCAAUGUCCCUUGCAGGGUCUCUCACCGAACAUGGUACCGUUGAAGAGAAGGGUCCUCCUGUUUCUCCAUCAAAUGGUGUAGAUCUGACUUGUGUCUCACGCUUCUUGAAGGGCGGGAUACUAGUCUUGAGACCAACAACCCCUCUUUUUGAGCUAAUAUUCUCUCGAUUCAUCAUCAUGUCUGCAUUGCUUUGCUAUUAUAUUCAACUUGACAAGUAUUAUUACUAUUAUGGUGGUCUAGCUACUUGUAUGCCCUGCUAG